UAUAUAUAUAGACGGAUGCAUACAUAGAAGCACCUACAUCUGAGCAUCACCACAGCUUCUCUCUGAGAAUCACUCGUAGAUUUCAUUUGCUCUCUCUCCUAACCCAUCUUUGCCGCGAACCAGGAGCUACCCUGCGAGGGAGAGAAAGGAAGUCGUUGUUCGGAAUCUGAAUUUCCAAGUGAGAAGGAAAGCAAGGAGCAAAAAUGGCAAAGAAUGUGGGAAUUCUCGCCGUGGAGAUCUACUUCCCUCCCACCUGUAUUCAACAGGAAUCAUUGGAGGCUCAUGAUGGUGCCAGUAAAGGAAAAUACACAAUUGGACUCGGCCAAGAUUGUAUGGCCUUUUGUACUGAGGUGGAAGAUGUAAUCUCAAUGAGUUUGACAGCGGUUACAUCCCUCCUUGAGAAAUAUGGGAUUGAUGCCAAACAAAUUGGUCGCCUGGAAGUAGGCAGUGAGACUGUAAUAGACAAGAGCAAAUCAAUUAAGACCUUCUUGAUGCAAAUCUUUGAGAAAAGUGGAAACACCGACAUUGAAGGCGUUGACUCAACUAAUGCAUGCUAUGGCGGAACAGCAGCUUUGUUCAACUGUGUCAACUGGGUUGAGAGUAAUUCAUGGGAUGGGCGCUAUGGACUCGUUGUGUGCACUGACAGUGCGGUCUAUGCAGAAGGACCAGCCCGGCCCACUGGAGGAGCAGCUGCUAUUGCCAUUCUAGUAGGACCUGAUGCUCCUAUUUCUUUUGAAAGCAGAUUCAGGGGGACUCAUAUGGCUCAUGCCUAUGAUUUUUACAAGCCGAACCUUGCUAGUGAAUAUCCGGUUGUUGAUGGGAAACUUUCUCAAACAUGUUAUCUCAUGGCUGUUGAUACUUGCUACAGACAGUUCUGCAAGAAGUACGAGAAACUAGAAGGCAAACAAUUUUCGCUUGCUGAUGCUGAAUGUUUUGUAUUUCAUUCUCCAUAUAACAAGCUUGUACAAAAAAGCUUUGCUCGCUUGUUGUACAAUGAUUUCUUGAGGAAUGCCAGCUCUGUUGAUGAGGUUGCUAAAGAAAAGCUGGGACCGUUUUCCACAUUAUCUCUAGAUGAAAGCUACCAGAACCGGGACCUUGAAAAGGCAACCCAGCAACUUGCAAAGCCCCUAUACGAUGCAAAGGUGCAGCCUACCACUUUAAUACCGAAGCAAGUUGGCAACAUGUACACUGCGUCUCUAUAUGCGGCAUUUGCAUCCCUUAUUCACAAUAAACAUACCACAUUGGCAGGUCAGCGGGUGGUAAUGUUCUCAUAUGGGAGUGGCUUAACUGCCACAAUGUUUUCGUUGAAAUUCCAGGAGGGUCAACAUCCCUUUAGCUUAUCGAACAUUGCCACUGUGAUGGAUGUCCAAAGGAAAUUGGAUUCAAGGCAUGAGUACUCCCCAGAGAAGUUUGUUGAAACCAUGAAGCUAAUGGAGCACAGGUAUGGAGCCAACGACUUUGUGACAAGCCAGGACAUUAGCCUUUUAUCUCCAGGCACAUUCUAUCUUACUGAAGUUGACACUAUGUAUCGGAGAUUCUACUCCCAGAAGGCUGGGGACAAGGCCAAUGGCACCCAAUGUGAGAAGGGUUCUCUUGUCAAUGGUCGCUGAGAGUGAACAAAUUAGAGCACGUGUGCCAGAACGUUGGCUCAUGUUCUUAGGUGUUGUUUGUCAGUAGAAAGAACAUCCUUCCAUAAUGAAGUUUUUAUGCCAAAGCAAGUACUUUGUCAGCUUAUACCGUUCUGAGGUUCGUUCGUUCUUUGUUUUUCACUUCCUAUUUCCACUUUUCAAAUGUAAGUUUAUCUUAAUAAUCAUUACCCUUGUUCAAACCAAAAUGUCAUCUCUUUGGAUGAUGAUAAUGUAACAAACGCUGAAGUUCUUGAUAUUAUUAUACAAGCACUCUGUUGAAUCAA